AUGCCGGAUCCGAAACGACUAGGCCUAAGCACCUCUAACCAGGCUCCUACGAAUCCAACAACCAACGGAGAUGCCCGCAUCAGGCUCAUUCGAUCAACUAGUUCAUGGCCAACGCAGUGGAUAGGAACCAGUCAACCCACUGGUCAGCUGAUGCUCAUACCACGACCGAGUCAGCUGACCCCCGCAUUCAACGGGGCUUGGCAUGCCUCUUUGCCUCGGAUGGACUCUCCCCCGCAGGAUGGAUGA